CUUGGGCCAGGGGGUCGCUGUGGACGGAGUGGGUCGGGCCUGCUGCGCCUCGAGGCUUUUCCACGUGAGGCGAUGGGAGCUCGGUCCCCUCAAGAAGCAGCUGAGGCAGGGCGGCGGCAGCGGGCCCAGCGGCUGCUGUGACGAAAUUUAUACCCAGUUUGGAAUCCAAAUUAAGCACUGAGAUGUUUUACCAUUGGUUGACAGUAAGGAGGUUGAGUUUCAAGAAACUACAAUUGCAGGCAAGAGCAUUAUCUGGGGCUGAUGCUGUAAAUGCUCUGCGGCCAUUCUAUUUUGCAGUACAUCCAGAUUUUUUUGGUCAGCACCCCAGAGAAAGGGAAAUCAAUGAAAAUUCUCUGAAAAGAUUAAAUGGGUAUUUGGAGAAUCUCCAGAAACCAGGUUUCAGAUCAUUUAAACCAACUCAGCUUACUUUUUAUGUACGAGAGAGAGAACAAAGUCCUUCCAGUGUCCAAGAACCAUUUGGUGCUGCAGGAUUCCGAGCAGUCAGUUUUACUUUGCACACCAGAGACUUGUUAAGCACAGUGUUGGAUAUCCUGAACUCCUGCAGCUUAUCUACAGAUCACGUCCAAAGCUUGUAUGGCAGUGCAGAUGCUCAGUCUACUCAGGAAACAAAAAGAAUGUUUCACAGGCCGAUCAAAUGGGACAAGACGUACUACUCUUUUACUGGAUUCAAGGACCCUGAGGAAGAACUGGAGCAGGCCCAGAGGAUGGAAACCACCCUGAGUUCCUGGUUAGAUAAUAAUGAACAAAGUGCCAUAAAGAAGCUGAAGGACAGCUUACCACUCAGAAAAGAAUUAGACCGUUUGAAAAGUGAACUAUGUCAUCAGUUGCAGCUUUCUGAUAUUAGAUGGCAGAGGAGUUGGGGUAUUGCUCACCGGUGUAGCCAGUUACAUAGUCUAAGUCGGUUAGUUCACCAGACUCCAGAAGCACCUAAGAAUGCUAAAGGACAAACGGUGAUAUUUACAGACCGUUCAGGAGUGAGUGCAACAGGCUAUGUUAUGCUAGGAACAAUGGAUGUUCACCACCACUGGACCAAAAUUUUUGAGAGGUUGCCAAGUUACUCUACACUUCAAAAAAAAGUGCUGUUUCUAGAGGAGCGUAUAAACCAUCUUUUGGGAGGCAUACAAAUAACUUAUGUUGAAGAGCUACAGCCAAUGUUGACAAUUGAAGAGUAUUACUCUAUUCUUGACAGCUUUUAUGAUCGAGUACGUAAUAGAAGACUUCCAUUUCACCCUAACAGUCUGCGUGGAUUGCAAAUGAUUCUAGAAAGUGACAGAUAUGCACCAAGUCUGCAUGAACUCGGCCACUUCAUCAUCCCAGUACUGUGUGAUCCAGUAGCCCUCCAGUGGUUCAUCAUUGCCAAAACCCAACAAGCAAGAGAAAAACUGAAAAGAAAGGAAGAGUUCAUACUGCUAGAAAAGAAGCUGAUCAAGGCUGCCACAGAGAAAUUUUGUCUCCAACGGCUAUAUAAAGAACCCAGUGUUUCCAGUGCACAGAUGAUCCAUUCAUGCAGCAGGCUACUGGAAGAGUCAUUGCCGUAUCUGCAAGGUAUGCAUCUCUGUGUUUCACACUUCUUUUCUGUUCUGCAAGAUGGAGACCUCUGUGUCCCUUGGAACUGGAAAAACUGAGGGUAACAGUACUGUACUCGGUGUAAAAGAACAAACAUUAUUUAAACGUUAGUGUAACUUACUAAAUUGAAUAUUUUUCAAAGUAAAUUAUGAAAAUUAACAUUUUCAUGCCAGUAUUAGGAAGCAAGGCAAAACAUUUCCCUGGAUUUUCACUGCUGUUUAGAAAAUUACAAAGUAUUGUGUGAGAUUUUUUUUUUUAGCAAGACUAUAUCUUUUAAACAGGCUGAAUCUCUACACUAAGUUGCUAUGACUGGAUUUCAAGAUCAUAAUGAAAGUAUAUAGUAGAGAAUGAGGUACACAAAAUUUGAAUGUAAUCCAAGGAGCAUACAAAUGUGAAUCUUACAGACUGAAAUAGUGACUUAUACAUAUCCCAUGUUAUACAUGAAAAUAUGGAUUUUAGUAUGUACAAAUUGUGUUUGGAUAAGCAUUUUCAGAAUGGAAGAUGGUAAUUUUAAAUUAUUCUGUGCAAAUAUUCUUCUUGGAGAAUGCUGAACUCUAAAAAUAAUAUUUCUGCAGCCAUGUAUACUAGUGACAAAUAUUACUAAUAUAUUUAUUUUGCAGAAUUAUUGUACAGCUUGUUUGAAAAGAUUUUGUAAAGGUCUGUUGAAAUGUUUUGUCCAUUAGAUCUUGCACUUUAUAUUUUUUUCAUGUAAAUAAAAGUAUCUCCAUAUACAGUCAGUUCUUUCUGAAUGUGUCUUUUAAGCAUAUCUCUUUUUAAUUAAGAUAGAAAUAUGUGCUGCUUUGUAGGCACAUCAGUGGGUACUCCUGGGUGGGACUCUUAGGUCAAUUUACCCCAUGCCUUUACAGAGUGCAGCCUUGCUGCUAUCCAGUCAUAUACUUUUCACAUCUGAUCCAGGUUUAUUAGGCCUGAUAAGCCUUCUGAGCAGCCCUGGAUGUACUUACAUGUUAUUUCAUCAGAAAUGCAUACUGUGUUCCUUGCAGAAUCCAUCUGCAUAUAUGAUUGGAUGCUGUGUAAAAAGUACUUGAAGAAAAAAUAUUUUUAGGACCCACUAUGUCAGAGGAGAAAGCCAUUUGUGCUAUUGGGGUCUUUUCCUGUUAUCCAUUCAGGUUAGUGAGGGGGACCACCUUAGAUGAAAGCCCCCGGUGUUUAUGACCGAUGAAAAAAAGCAUGCUGGGCACAUGUUUUUACUGUCUUUGGAUAGACUGCUCUUCCCCAGCCUAGUACCUUCAAGACAUGUUGAGCCACAGUUAGCAACCUGACUGAGGUUGAUGGAAAUUGUAGGCCAGUCAAUUUUGCACUGGGUUGGAAAAGGCUGACAAAGAUGAAUAAUUCACAGGUGACCCAACUAUGGCCCUGCAGUUUUUUCCAUGCCAGCUGCCAUCAACCUCUGCCAUCAGCUGAUGUACAAAGGUGAUAGGAAUAAUCAUCUGAAUUACCUUACCAAGUGAUUUUGCUAGCAUGAGAAGAGAAGUGAAAGCAAUUGUUUGCUAAGGGAUUGUGACAUAUUUGUUCUUAUCUGGGUUUAUGUGUAUCUUACCUAAAGAAGACAGACUUCUUUAGUCGGCCUACAAUUGGUAUUUGAAUAGGCCCCACUGCUUUGAAUAUUAUUGAAGUAAAAUGUUAAGAUUGUUUUAAUUUUAAUCUUCUCAAUAACUUUUAUAAAAAUGUGUUUUUACAAGUCGUUUAAAAUGUAUGACUAUCUUGAUGAAACCACUGAAUAAAGACAGAUUAGUAUUAGUUCCUACAAAUGAUGGAGCACCUUUGGCCUAAGUGAAAGCAGAUGAUCUUGCAGAUUCUCACAAAACCAAUCUUAAGCUUUGGGGUACAUAUUUUAUUACUGCUGGAUAGUCUGAGUCUUUAUUGUCCUGUGCCAGUAUGUUUGAAUGACUCAAUGAGAUGUCUGUGUUUUCUAAAAAUAAAGCAUAAUCUUAAGGUUA